UCCACCCGAGGCUCCAACAUGUUGACGGACACGAUGUUGGAGGAAGAGUUUGAGAUGAACGGAGAGUCCUGGCACCACCCGCAGGACCUGGAGCACGAUCUCCAUUUGGCAGCCGAGCUGGGGAAAACCCUCCUCGACCAGAACCAUGAGCUGGAGCAGGCCCUCCAGCAGAUGUACUCCACCAACCAGGAGCAGCUGCAGGAGAUAGAGUACCUCACCAAGCAGGUGGACCUGCUGCGUCAGAUGAACGACCAGCAUGCCAAAGUAUAUGAGCAGCUAGACGUGGCCGCCAGGGAUCUGGAGCAAGGCAACCGGAGACUAGUGCAGGACAACCGCCUGGCCCAGCAGAAGAUCCACAGUCUUACAGAGACCAUUGACGGGCUUCAGACCCUCAUGGAGGACUUGCAGACCCAGGUGGAUGAGCUCAAGGCCGCCCAGGUGGAGAGGAACAAAAGAGAGGUGUCCGAGCAGCGACGCAACCUUGGAGCUCAGAGUGUUUCCUGUCUCAAAGAGCUGUAUGACUUACAACAUGAAAGGCACCUAACCCCUGAUAGUCUGCGCGUGGGCGGACUCUGGUUACAGCAGGGCUCUUUCUGUGACCGAGACAGACGCCAAAACCCGGAGGAGGAGAAUGUGUCCCUGCAGCGCUCCAUACAGACCCUUCAGGCCCAGAUAGCUGCGGAGCGGAGCCGCAGGGAGGCUGCAGAACGGGAGAGUGAGUUGACAGCCAGUGAGAACGUAGGUCUGGAGCAGCGGCUGUCUCUGCUGUCGGGUUGCUGGACCCGGCAGAAGGAGCUGGAGGCCGAAGUGGAACAGCUGCGACUUCUGUGGCGUGCUGACUGUGCCAAAAGUGUCAGAAGGCCAGACCAGCUCCUGUUGCCUGAUACAGUAUUCUUUGCCUCAGAAGAAAAGCCCAGCCCAGUGCAGAGUGACGCUGAGGAGAAGAUAGAAAAGGACGAGGAGCAGAGACGAUACAGGCGACAGAGGUGUAACAGUGACAGCGUUUUGAGAGCAGAAAGUUCAGACGAGAUUCGCCGUGGUCACGAGCAGCUGUGUAUACGGCGAGCAGAGGCGGUAAAACAGAGGGGCAUCUCUCUGCUCAAUGAGGUGGAUGCACAGUACAGCGCCCUGCAGGUGAAAUAUGAUGAGCUGCUGAGACGAUGCCACCAGGCGACAGACGAGCUCAGCCAUAAAGCCGUCCAGACAUCCGUUAGUCCCUUCGGAAGCAUCCGGAUGCGGCGCCGCCUGUCCAGCUCGGCCGCUUUGUCUGGUCUGACAGUGGUCACGGAGGAUAGCCAGCAACCUGAGUACAAGGCUCUCUUCAAGGAGAUCUUCAGCUGCAUCCACAAGACCAAAGAGGACCUCAGCGAGAAUAGACAUGCAGACAGGGACAUUAUUUCUCAUGAUUCUGCCUAGUGAUUGCAUUAACCUUCAUCCAGGGACAUGGGGACGGAAGUGGUUUGUCUCUCUUUGAAACUUUGAGGUGGCUUUGCAAUAUUAAUAUCUACAAGCUGCGGAUGCAAUAAGCACAGUGCGUCUUAGACACGCUACAAUCCUCUUAUCUCCUGUCUUGUCGGCGCACCUAUAUUUAUGUUAGUCAGCACUGUUCCUUUUAUUCUGUCCUUAUAGAAAUUAAGUGUUAUAAAAAUUGUUGUUGAUGCAAUAAUGCAUUCCAAAGUACCACAACAAAAGUUUAGAUAGUAAAGUUGUGUUAUAUAUGGAGACAUUUAUAGUUAGAUUAACUUGUACUAACUGAUCCUUGGCUAAUUCUAUAGCUUUAUCUCCAAAUCUACAAGUAUUAUAUCCACCAAGCAGUUUUAAUAUAAUGUUAACCCUGUGACCACUUAAUCAUUUGGUUUGUGGGAGAGAAACACACACACAAUAUUGUUUGCGUUGAUUAAAGAUGGAGACGUAGCUGUUA